ACCGCAUCCCCUCCCCUCACCACAGCCCCUACAACCACAAAGUGCGGAUACGGGGAGAGGGGGGUGGAGAAAAAAAAUGAAGUGGGAUAAAAAAAAAGCAAUUUUAAUAUCUCAGCUAUUCCUUAUUUCUCCUUGCCUUUAUCUCUUCCUCUUUUCCCCCUCCAUCGUCUCCGUUUCCCUUAUUUCCUUUUCCCGAAUUCCAUCAAUCAUUCAUUGCAGGAGUUGAAUUUCUCACGGGCCGGGCAUUCCUGUUUUCAAUCGCACUUCCUUCCUUCCGCCAUUCUGACCCAAUUCUAACUUCACAUCUCAGCGCGGGACGCAUUUACUCCUAUUUGUUUAACCCUUUGGAGCACUUUUCGAAACGAUACAAUGGCUGGAGCCAUGAGGAUGUUGGGUUCGACAGCCAUGCUUGCGUGGGUCUUGUUUGGAGAGUCGGCUUUGGCAUCUCAGCCUGUGGCUCCGACGCCAGCUCAGAUUGCUGCGGAAAUGAGGAGUGCGUAUUUUAGGUAGAUUGGCCUGAUUGGCCUUUUGUUCUUUUUUUCUUUUCCCCCGCAUCCCAUCAAGUUUGCUAAUGCUCGAUGAUUGUUGCUUUUCAGUUUAUGGAUGAUGGUAUCGCUCGCAGCCUUUGCUGCCCUUCCACUUUUCUACAGAUUUUGCAGCGUCAUAUAUGCCCGCAUUCGCCUGUUAGUAUCCCUCGGCAGCGAGAGUCAACGCUUCUUUGCGGAACCCCCGAGUACGUGGGUUUCAUCGAUCAAGAAGCAUGUCAUAUACUCGCCUCUCUUCCGCGUCCGCCACAACCGCGAAUUCCGGCUCUCGGCUGCUGUGAACGUGGGUACUCUCCCUACUCGAUUUCAGACGUUCUUCUUGGUUGGUUAUCUCGCUGGGAAUAUUGUCUUCUGCACGUUUAUGAUUGAUUAUGCUGCGGAUAAAAUGUCCAUGCUUGGGGAGGUUAGGAGACGUGCUGGGUGGAUGGCUGCCGCGAAUAUGGUUCCUCUGUUCUUGCUUGCCGGGAGGAACAAUCCUUUGAUUCAGCUUAUGGGUAUCCCGUUUGAUACAUAUAAUCUUAUACACAGGUGGCUGGGCAGGAUUGUGGUACUAGAGGCUGUGGUGCACGUGUCUUCAUGGAUUGCGUCUAGGGUUAUGAAAUGUAUGCCUCUCUUAGCCUUUAUGAAUUCCGGGUCUGGUACUGAUGGGGAAACAAUAGCUGGCUGGGGGAGUGUUGUGCAGGCUUUCAACACAUACCCGUUCAUCCGAUUUGGUCUCAUCGUAAGUCUCUUAUAUUUGGCAAACAUUUCAAUCUCUAACAGCUAAAGGCGGCCGUUUGCUUCGCUUUCCUCAUUUUGCACUCUCCCUCUGCCCUCCGCCAUGCAUUUUACGAAACCUUUUUGGCGCUACACAUCAUGGUCGCAGCACUAGCCGUGGCUUCUCUCUACCGCCAUUUAGCAGAUAAAGGCUUCCCCUCGCUCAAGUAUGUUAAGAUUGCUAUCAUAAUCUGGGCCAUUGACCGGGGCCUCCGCCUCCUACGUGUUCUCUACCGAAACGUCGGCCGCAAAAUGACAAGGGCAACAUGUGAGGCCCUACCCGGGGACGCCGUCCGUGUAACGCUCCAUAUCGCCCGGCCAUGGACCUUCAAGCCAGGACAACAUCUCUACCUAUACAUGCCGAGCCUCGCACUGUGGACAUCACACCCCUUUACCGUUUCUUGGAGCGAGGAUCAACAACACGUCAAAUUCGACGACGAAAAGCUCUCCCUCCACCGUCAGGAUAUAACUCAUGUGGGCCAAACCACCCUCUCGCUCAUUAUCCGCCGUAGGACUGGUUUCACAGACACCCUUUACAAGAAGGCUUAUGGCACCCCGGAAAGGACCUUCACCACGCGAGCGCUUGUCGAGGGCCCUUACGGAAAGAUUGACACAUUGGGCAGCUACGGCACUGUUGUAUUGAUCGCUGGUGGAGUCGGGAUCACUCAUCCGGUAUCGUACGUGCGUGAACUUGUAGACGGAUACGCGAAGGGUACGGUGGCCACUCGGCGGAUUACGCUCGUGUGGGCUAUUCAGAAUCCCGAACAUUUGGAGUGGGUUAGGCCCUGGAUGACGGAUAUCCUCGCUAUGGAGAAGAGAAGGGAGAUCUUGAGGAUUUUGCUAUUUGUGACGAGGCCCACGUCAACAAGGGAGAUUCACAGCCCUUCGGCCACAGUGCAGAUGUUCCCUGGCAGACGUAGGUUUUAUAAUCUCAUGACCGUGUGUUUGUUAUACUCAGUACUAACUGGGUUCGCCCUGCAGCCAAUAUCGAUACUUUGCUGGACAUGGAGAUCGACCAGAAGAUGGGCAAGAUGGCUGUCACGGUCUGCGGGGGUGGUUCGUUGAGCGACGAUGUCCGCCGCGCUGUUAGGAACAAGAUACACAAGGCGAAUAUUGACUUUAUCGAGGAGGCCUUCUCCUGGUAGAUUAUUUCUUCCCUUGCCUUUCCCAUUUGCACCUUAAACAGCCAAUUUUUUUUUUAAAGGGGGGGGGGCCGGACUUCUCCUUACCUCACUAAGAUGUGCAAUUUUUGUUCAUUUUCAUCUUAUCCGUUGGCAGAUACCCCAGGAGCCUGCAGCUCUCUUUUCACUUCUACCAGUUCAUUUCCAUCUUCACGUAAUGUUUUUUUUCCAAACCCCUUCACACACACACACUUUUCCCCCCCGACACCCACCAGUUUAUGUAGGAAUACAUUAUGUUAGAACCGUUCACCUGUAAUAUAUUUUAUUUCCUUCUCAGCUUUUUUUUCUUGUUUCUCUUCUGAAUAGAACAAUAGGGUUGGCGGUUUGC